CACAUAAAAUAAAAUAAGACACUCCAAAACCUCACUCUCGGUUCAUCCAAAACCCAAAACCCCAUUAAAACCUCAAAAUGAUUAUCAGCAGUAGCGUCCGGACAGGGUUCCCACGCUUUCCAUCCUCGUCGGAGAAGCGUGUCUUCCGGUUGGCAGUCAAGUUUACUUUCACUCUCCGGCGGCGACCUUUCACCACCUUGUGCUCUGUUUCGGCCACCCAGAAGAAGAAGAGCAAGGAGAAGGUGAUCGUGGUAUCGGGGCCCACCGGAGCCGGGAAGAGCCGGCUGGCACUCGAGCUAGCUAAGGUGCUCAACGGCGAGAUUAUCAGCGCCGACUCUGUCCAGGUUAAAUUGACUUCAUUUGAUAUGGCCUUUGCGGCACAGGUAUAUCGGGGUCUUGAUGUUGGAUCGGCAAAGCCUUCUCCAGGUGAUAGAAAGGAAGUACCACAUCAUCUGGUUGACAUAUUGCACCCAUCUGAAGACUACUCGGUUGGACAAUUUUAUGACGAUGCAAGGCAAGCUACAAGGUGUAUUCUUGACAAUGGGCGUGUUCCCAUAGUUACUGGUGGCACUGGAUUGUACUUGCGAUGGUUAAUAUAUGGAAAACCAGAUGUUCCCAAAGCCUCAAAAGAGAUCGCAUCUGAAGUGUCUUCUGAGUUGGCAGAUUUAGAAAGAAAUGGACACUGGGAUGCAGCUGUGCAGUUGGUGAUCAAAGCAGGUGACCCUAAGGCUCAAUUUUUGGCUGCUAAUGAUUGGUACCGAUUAAGACGCAGCCUGGAGAUCAUCAAGUCUAGUGGAUCACCUCCAUCUGCCUUCGAAGUACCGUAUGAUUCUUUCCGCAAAGAAUGUGAUUCUAGUGUAGUAGACACUAAUGACAUUAACUCCUCUGCUGAUGUUGUGGAGGAAGUUAAAUCAAAGGAAUUGGACUAUGACUUCAUUUGCUUUUUCCUCUCAAACCAAAGGGUUGAUCUAUACAGAUCAAUUGAUUGGCGAUGUGAAGAUAUGGUGUCAGGAACUGAUGGUAUCUUGUCUGAGGCCAGAUGGCUUCUUGAUGCGGGUCUUAUUCCAAAUUCCAAUUCAGCAACCAGAGCAAUUGGUUACAGACAAGCUAUGGAGUAUUUAUUAUUGUGUAGGGAGCAAGGAGGUAGUUCUUCACCAAGAGAGUUCUACAACUUUUUGACUGAAUUUCAAAAGGCAUCUAGAAAUUUUGCAAAACGGCAAUUGACAUGGUUUCGUAACGAGCAAAUCUAUCACUGGCUUGACGCUUCCAAACCCUUGGAUACUGUUCUAAACUUUAUUUGUGAUGCAUACCAUGACAAAAGUGGAAAUUGGGUUGUGCCUGAAUCACUGCAAAUGAAGAAAGAAUUGUCAAGCCGCCGAGAAGAGUCUGAACUAAAGAGCUAUCGAACUAAGAACAGGCAUUUUAUCAGACGUGAAGAUUGUUCAGAUAUUCUAGACUGGAUACAGAGAACACAAGGCUGAAACAAUGAAUUGUCAUUUAAUAUUCACUUCCUUGGUGCUUGAUUUUUGCCAAAGCAUCUGAUAUGAUCAAACAGAACUAUACUUGAGUAGGGAUAAUCUUCUCCUUACCGGCCAAAAAAUCUCAUCGCAGAGUUUGUUUCUUUGGAUAGGUUAGCUUUUAAGGCUCCAGCUUACAGCAGCUUUCAUGUUGAGUCCUCACUGUGAUUUAUGUAUCUUUGCAAAAGCUCAACAAAAAUAACUUUUUAUUAUACAAUCUAAAAUAUGGAUCCAUUUUCUGAUAAUGGAUCUAGUCUUUAAUAAA